GGCGUCAUCUCGACCAAAUCUCGGCCAGUGCCGCACCAUUUUUUGGCUAUAAAUACAAAUGUUGGCACGCAGCUUGGCUUAAACUUACAUUGUUAUCCUAGUUCACAACAUCUCCUCCGCUGUUGCCUUAAAUCGACGAAACAAAAUAUAUACACCAAAGACUACGUGACGUAGUUAAGACGACAAGCAGGGAAUCCUUCAACUUGAAACUCCCCCAGGACAACAACUCCUCCUCCACUCCAAACUCCAAAACUACAAGCUCAAACCUGCCAAGAGUGCCACGCCCACAAACACGACAAUAAUGAGGGGAUCGGUAUUGGGCAUGGGAGCAACUCCAGCAAGUGGUCACAGGUGGCUUCUCGUCUGGAUGACGGUGCUGCUCCUGGUCGUUCCACCGCAUUUGGUCGACGGACGUUACCUGCCGACAAGGUCGCAUGGCGACGAUUUGGACAAGUUGCGUGAACUGAUGCUGCAGAUUUUGGAGUUGAGCAAUGAGGACCCGCAGCAGCAGCAGCAGCAGCAGCAGCAACACCCACUGCGUCUGCACAAUGAGGCCAACGGAGGUGGUGGCAUGGGUGGUAUCGGUGGCAACAACAACUACAAUCUACGUGCGUCCAAUGGCAACUCGAAUGCCGCCUGGCUACAAAAGCUAAGCGCCAUGGGUGCCCUGGAUGAGCUGGGCGGUGAUGGUGCCCGGUUUGCACCCAACUAUGGACGUUAUUAAGCCAUCUAAGAUAUACACACACACCCGACACACACACCUGACACACACACCCGACACACACA